GGCAGCCCGAGAUGGAUAAUUCCACGGUGGCCCCAGAGGACGACUAUGAUGUCUUCAUAAAGGAUGACCUGGACUGCUGUGUGACAGAGAAACCCCUCACCCCCGAGCUUGUCUCCGCCCAGCAGGUACUACGGUUCUGCUGCGCUGUGUUUGCGGUGGGUCUCCUGGACAACGCCUUGGCUGCGUUUAUACUGGUGCGAUACAAAGGACUCAAGAAUGUGGGGACCAUCUACCUUCUAAACCUGGCAGCUGCGAAUCUGUGUUUCCUGCUCCCCCUGCCGUUCUGGGCACACGCGGCUGCCCUUGGGGAAAGCCCUGGCAUUGGGACUUGUAGAGUUCUAGUUGGCCUCCAUUCCACAGGCUUAUACAGCGAGACGCUUUUCAACAUCCUUCUCCUCGUGCAAGGGUACAAGGUGUUUUCCCAGGGGAGGCUGGCCUCCACCCUGACAUCGGUGCCUGGUAGUGUUGUUACAAGUAUCCUGGCAUGGGUCGUAGCAAUUGCGCUCUCUUUGCCUGAAUCUGUGCUCUAUUGGCUUCAGAGGGAAAGAGAGAAACCUAAGUGUGCCUUUGGCAAACCUCACUUUUUGCCAAUUGAAGAGCCAUUCUGGAAGCAUUUUCUGACUUUAAAGAUGAACAUUUUGGUUCUUGGUUUUCCUCUGUUGGUGUUUAUAUUCUGCUGCGGGCAAAUGAGGAAAACGCAGACCACCAGGGAGAGGCAGAACGAUCUUCGAAAGCUUGCGCCCGUCAUAACGGGUGUGUUCCUUUGGAUGUGGGCACCGUACUGUGUUGUGCUUUUCCUGUUCGAGUUCCGGGAACACUCGUCCCUGCAGGAUGAGAACAGCUACCACCUGGAAGCAAGCAUUCAGGUCACACAGCUCAUUGCCACCACCCACUGCUGUGUUAAUCCUCUCAUUUGCUUGCUUCUUAACAAGGCUUUCACGAAAUAUCUCUGCAGCCUGUUCCCGCGGUGCAAUGAUGCCCCAUUUCAAAGGCACGGAGACUCUCAGCGAGCUACGCCAAGGAGUGGCCAUGACCAGACAAUUGAACUCUACCAUAGUGUGCCUCAGAGGCAGGAUACAUAAACAUCAAUAUUCCUGUCUCUUCGGAUUAUUUUAUGUAAUUUUUUACAUGUUUGUACAAAAAUAGAAUAUAAGAAGAAAGGGGACUGGUUAAUAAAU